AUGUCGACUCCCUUAGAGACCCUUUCGCAGGUCCCUUCUUCUCAUAUUGUAUCCAUAUCUAAUACUGGCUGUUGGCCAUGUCCUGUUCCUCAACUCCAAUCACCGUACUCGGCGUCUUAUUCGAACACUUGGCGCUUCCCCCUAGUUGUUGAUCAUGGACAUACGGGAGUCAACCAACUUGGAGGCGUUUUUGUUAAUGGACGCCCACUGCCUGAUCUCAUCAGAAAUCGGAUCAUCGAGCUCGCCCAUCAGAGUGUUCGUCCGUGUGACAUCUCACGGCAAUUGAGAGUCAGUCAUGGAUGUGUGAGCAAAAUUCUCGGACGAUAUUAUGAGACGGGAUCGAUACGACCAGGAGUAAUCGGUGGAUCGAAACCAAAAGUCGCCACACCUCGAGUGGUCGAUUGUAUCACUGGAUAUAAAAGAAACAAUCCGACGAUGUUCGCGUGGGAGAUUCGGGAAAGGCUUCUUCGUGAAGGGAUUUGCGAUGCCGAGAAUGUCCCAUCGGUUUCCUCAAUCAAUCGAAUUGUACGGAAUAAAGGCGGACAUUCCACAUCAUCAUCAUCUUCAACAUCACUCUCAAUUCUUUCUUCACAAACUACACACAGUCCCUCAGUUGCUCAGAAUAUCCCUCCAAUCACCCCGACGAGUCUUCCAAUUCCAUUUGGUCAAUCUCCCUUCACUACUCCGUACUCAAUCAAUGGCUUAUUGGGAUUCGAUAAAGAAUGGUUGAGUCGAGCAAAAGGGAUGGGAUCGAUGAAUGGGAUGAAUGAGAUGAAUGUAGUUGAUGGGUGGGGUGCUCCACAAAAUCACUCAUCAAAUUAUCUCCUUCAUUCACAUCAAGCAACACAAUUG